AUGCCAAGAUCUUGGCGUCAACAGCUUAUUUCUGUUGGUAACGGCUUGAGUACUGAAGGGAAUAAAGCUGACUUGAUUGAGCGCCUCACACAUGCUAGCAACUUGCUCCAUUCACAUUCAGAUCUUUUAAAUGGAAACAUUGAGAGUGGAGGAAGUGAAGUGUUUGAAAACACCCAUGGUGAAGAAGGAGCCAACCAGGAAAGCAAUCUACGUUGUGAAAGUUCAUUUUUUAGUAUGUCACCUAAGCCUCUUAGUGAUGAUGAGUCACAUGACAAAAGAUACAAAAAGAUUAAACAUUUGCAUGAAGAUGUAAACAAUUUUACUGAAUGGGUUAAAGUAUCAAAUAUGCAAUCAGAAAUUUACAAGAAUUGGCCAGAGGUGAAAUUUGAAAGAUCAAGGGAUCAAUUUGAGUAUAAUGUACUUUGUGCAAUUGGAAAUGACCUGUAUUUGGAAUUAAGUAUUCUAAUAGAAAAUGAGGUAAUUCAGCAUAUUGAAAAUGUUAGAACAAAAAUGUUUAAUAGAGUGGUCAUUCUAAAUGUGACAAAAGAGUAUAGUUGA